AUGAGCACGAUGCCGCGCACGCGAGGCUUUGUGUGCGCCGCACGUCUUGCCGCUCCGGCGCGCGUCCCGUGCGCACGUACGCACUCAACCGCGCCGGCGAGAGCGCUGUGGGCCGUCCAACUAUGCCGGCGCACGCCCCUGCCAUCGCGGCGCGACCGGUUUACGGGCGGGACUGCGCGGUGUGCUGCGAGCAAGAGGGAUGAGCCGCUGGGGCCAUCAAAUGUCCCGGAGGUGGCGCCCAUGGCGUUCGCGGUCAACAGCGGAAUCGUGUAUGUCGCGAUGACCGCUGGAUCGGAGUGGCUGUGCCGCGCCACAGGCCACGGCCAGGGGCCACUUGCGGCACUGUCACUGCUGCCUCUGGACGCCAUGGGGCCCGCGCUGCUGUGGACGCUGCCCUUGCUCGCCAGUCUCGGCCUCGGCAUCGCGCUGGAGGACAAGGUCGAGGCGAUCAAGAAGACGAACGCCAUGGUCAAGGUGACCCUGGGGCCCGUGGUGCGCGGGCUGUCGCCGCUGACGCUGCUGGCUGUCGCGGCGACGGUGGGCGUGGGCGAGGAGGCGCUGUUUCGCGGCUGGGGGCAGAGCUGGAUGGCCGACGCGCUCGCGGCGGGCCCGCUGCCUGCGACGGGCGACCUGGCGGGGGCAGCGCAGCCGGCGUCCGUGGCGAUCGUGGGCGUGAUCUUCGGGAUGCUGCACGCCGUGACGCCGCUGUACUUGGCGUGGGCGAGCGCUGCGGGCGUCCUGUUCGGCCUGGAGUACCAACAGCACGGGCUGCAGGCUGCGAUGAUUACGCAUGGGCUUUACGACUGGCUGGCGUUCAUGGUGCUGCGGCAGGUGACGCAGAAGGAGCUGGACGACGCGCAGAGUGCGUGA